CACCCCCGGGCCUGACGCCGCGAUUCCGUGCGCGCCCCUCGCGCGUCCCCGCCGGCCGUGCCCACGUCCCGCCCAGCCCGCCACCCAAGUUCCGCGGAGUUGCCCGGCCCCACGAGCGUGCCCUGGGUCCCGGCGCCGCGCGCGCCCUUCCGCGUUCCGCCGCCGGCCCCACCUGGCGCCCCGGCCGGCCGCUGGGUCCCCGCGCCAUGGCCCGAGUGCCCGGGGCGCGGCGCUGACGGCGGCCGGCGGAGCUCGCCAUGCCCAGCAGGACCGGUCCCAAGAUGGACGGGAGCGGCUGCCGCGUCCGCCUGAAGGCGCACUACAGCGGGGACAUCCUGAUCACCAGCCUAGAUGCAGCCAUGACCUUCGAGGAGCUCUGUGAGGAAGUGAGAGAGAUGUGCGGUCUCCAUCAGGGACACCCACUCACCCUUAAGUGGGUGGACAGUGAAGGUGACCCCUGCACCGUGUCCUCCCAGAUGGAGCUGGAGGAGGCCUUCCGUCUGGCCUGUCAGCGCAGGGAUGAGGGGCUCACCAUUCACGUGUUCCCCAGCACCCCCGAGCAGCCAGGCAUGCCUUGUCCGGGAGAAGACAAAUCCAUCUACCGCCGCGGAGCCAGAAGAUGGAGGAAGCUGUACCGCGCCAACGGCCAUCUCUUCCAGGCCAAGCGCUUUAACAGGAGAGCGUACUGUGGCCAGUGCAGUGAGAGGAUAUGGGGUCUCGCGAGGCAGGGCUACCGCUGCGUCCACUGCCAGCUCCUGGUGCAUAAGCGCUGCCACGUGCUCGUCCCGCUGACCUGUAAGAGGCGCAUGGAUUCUGUCAUGCCUUCCCAAGAACCUGCAGUGGAUGACAAGGACGACACGGACCUUCCUUCUGAGGACACCGAUGGAAUCGCUUACAUUUCUUCAACCCGGAAGCAUGACAUUAAAGAGGACUCUGAGGACCUGCAGCCGGUCAUUGAUGGGAUGGACGGAAUCAAAAUCUCCCAGGGGCUCGGUCUGCAGGACUUUGACCUGAUCAGGGUCAUCGGGCGUGGGAGCUACGCCAAGGUCCUGCUGGUGCGGCUGAAGAAGAACGACCAGAUGUAUGCCAUGAAGGUGGUGAAGAAGGAGCUGGUCCAUGAUGACGAGGAUAUUGACUGGGUGCAGACAGAGAAGCAUGUGUUUGAGCAGGCAUCCAGCAACCCUUUCCUGGUCGGCUUACACUCCUGCUUCCAGACAACAAGUCGGCUGUUCCUGGUCAUCGAGUACGUCAAUGGCGGGGACCUCAUGUUCCACAUGCAGAGACAGAGGAAACUCCCAGAGGAGCAUGCCAGGUUCUACGCUGCCGAGAUUUGCAUCGCUCUCAACUUCCUGCACGAGCGCGGGAUCAUCUACCGGGACCUGAAGCUGGACAACGUCCUCCUCGACGCCGACGGCCACAUCAAGCUGACGGACUAUGGCAUGUGCAAGGAAGGCCUGGGCCCUGGUGGUACAACCAGCACUUUCUGCGGAACCCCGAAUUACAUCGCCCCGGAGAUCCUGCGGGGGGAGGAGUACGGGUUCAGUGUGGACUGGUGGGCGCUGGGCGUUCUGAUGUUUGAGAUGAUGGCCGGACGCUCCCCCUUUGACAUCAUCACCGACAACCCCGACAUGAACACGGAGGACUACCUUUUCCAAGUGAUCCUGGAGAAGCCCAUCCGGAUCCCACGGUUCCUCUCGGUGAAGGCCUCCCACGUCCUGAAAGGAUUUUUAAACAAGGACCCCAAAGAGAGGCUCGGCUGCCGGCCACAGACGGGAUUUUCCGAUAUCAAGUCUCACGCGUUCUUCCGCAGCAUAGACUGGGACCUGCUGGAGAAGAAGCAGGCUCUCCCGCCGUUCCAGCCCCAGAUAACCGACGAGUAUGGUCUGGACAACUUCGACACCCAGUUCACCAGCGAGCCCGUGCAGCUGACCCCGGACGAUGAGGACGUCAUCAAGAGGAUCGACCAGUCGGAGUUUGAAGGUUUUGAGUACAUCAACCCGUUACUGCUGUCCACCGAGGAGUCCGUGUGAGGCCGUCUUCUCUGCCACGGACACGUCUGUGAAUGACCCCUUCACUCUAUCCUUAACCACAGCGCAUGCAUGCCAGGCUGGGCGCGAGGCUCCAGGCGCGGCCAGGGAGGGACACUUGCCGCAGAGACCGUGGACGGGGCGUCCAGCCGGCCCUCCUCGGAGCGGAACAGUCUUGCGUCUGGGCCCGCGCGGCCGGCUUCGAGCUGGAGGAAUUUGCUUCUUGUGCUUGGGCCGCAGAGGAGCCGCGGUGACCGCGUCCAAGGGAGAAACUGCCCCACGAUUCCGAAGGUGCACACUUUCCACGGAAACAGAACUGACCUGCUCCGCCAGGAGAGUUAGCCUGUGAUGUCCCGAGGAAUAAAAUGUGCCCAUGA